AUGGGUGAAAAUAUCAUACGGGAGGAGUACAGUAACAACAUAAUAUGGCUUCCUGAGGAGCUAACAGAAAAUGUGGAAAGCCUAUGUAUCCCAACAGUUUACAAUUUUGAAAAUGAUCCUUAUAUGGGCAACUUGAAGCAUUUGGACCUAAGCUACAACCAUGGGUUAACAAAAAACCCUAAUUUUGGUGGUAUGCCAAACUUGGAGACACUAUAUUUACGGGCGUGUGAGAAUUUGGAAGAUGUCCAUCCCUCUCUUGGACAUUUCAGAAUGCUAACGAAAUUGAAUUUGAGUGGUUGUUGCAAACUUAAGAAGCCUCCAGAAUUGAGAUUGGGCAAUUUGAAGCUUUUGAAUCUAAUCUUGUGCAAUGGGUUAACAGAAACCCCUAAUUUUGGUGAUAUGCCAAACUUGGAGACACUAAUUUUAUGGAUGUGUAGGAAUUCGAAAAAGGUCCAUCCCUCUCUUGGACAUUGCAGAAUGCUUACGGAAUUGAAUUUGAGUGGUUGUUGCACACUUAAGAAGCUUCCAGAAUUGAGAUUGAGCAAUUUGAAGCGUUUGGAUCUAAGCUGGUGCAGUGGGUUAACAGAAACCCUUAAUUUUGGUGAUAUGCCAAACUUGGAGACACUUAUGGAAGUGUGA